AUGGGACAUGUCCCAUCCAAACAGCCAAGAAAAAGGAGCUCAGCGAGUAGUAAUAACAGUGAUGGUAAUUCUUCUUCAGCAAGUAAUAAUGGUACUAUUAAAAGUAAUCGAUCGAGUGAUAGUAAAAAUGUUGACGGAUUUACCUUUAAUUGUAAUAUUGACAACUUCAGUUCACGAGAGAUCAUCUCACAUCAAUCAGCGAUAAAUCAAACUGUCGAUAGAAAACAUCGGCAACACUUCUUGGUUAAAUACGUAUGGGAUGGGAAUUUUUCGUCUCCAAUUGAGCAAAAAUUAAGUGAUGGUUGUAAAGUGGCCGAGAUAAAAAUGUCUUUUGUGGAAAAUAUUUUGAAACAAGACGAAUGGUCAAUUAUUUUAGAAGAAUCAUUAAGGAUACUGAAACCUGGCGGAUAUCUAGAAUAUCUCGAAUAUGAGACUAAAAUUUAUGAUGCUGGUCCAAAAGUAACGACAUUUGUUGAUAAAUUUGCAAAAUAUUUAGAGAGUGUAGAUAGGUAUCAAAGACUACCAUUUGAAUUAUUUUCAACAUUUCCUCAAUUACAAAAUAUAAAUAUUGAAUCCAGAAAAUCAAAAACUUGUUACAAACAUGAUGAUAAAGUUGCCGAAUUACAAUUCGAAUUAUUCGAACUUUAUUAUGAAUCAAUUGUUGAUAUUUUUAGUGAAUACAUGGGAAUAACAAAACAGGAAUAUGCGGAUUUAUGGGAGGAAUAUAGAAUAGAAUCUAAAAGCUAUACCAAAGCUUAUACAAAAAUGUAUAAAGUAUGGGCUCAAAAAAAAUUAAAUUAA